AAAACACUGAUAAGGUGAUAAGGAGGAAGUUAAAUACAAAGUGAUAAUUGUAAAGAAUUUCUCAGCACUUUCACUUGUGUCGAUAAUUACUUCCUUUGAUCAUGAUGAAAAACAUGUACUUGUAUUUUUGCUCUUUCACUUUCGCAUACUAACCAGAAAAUUCAAUGGCCAUCACAGCCAAUCCGAAGAAAAUCUGAAGAAAUCCUAAGAUAUACAAGUAUCUUGUUCGGAAGUAAUACAACCGCACGGAUCCAGAAGCGGGCUGCCCAGGUGACGUUUGAACUUGUUCCUGAUAAAGAAACGGCUUUCACACCAGUCACAGCACUCCGUCAUGGAAGUAGACACGAGAAGUAUAUCUCGAUCUGAUUCCGGAAUCGCUCAGACUCAGAGUGCUUCCAACCACUUUGAAGAAUCGUCGGAUGAUGUGCGAUUGAUCUCAGAGCACAAUCAGGGUUAUCAUACGAAAAUUUUGUCCCAUACUGGCGUCAAGCGUAAAUUCGAUGCUCCCAAUGAUCGCUUCAAUUUGGCAUUUCUAUUCAUGGUGCUCCUCGGGAUGAGUGCAUCAUAUGCAUGGUUUUUCUUCGUUACUGCCUCGGAUUACUUCAAGUAUGCAUUUCGGAAUGUCACUAAUCCUACCGUUCCCACUGCGUUACAGAACAGCUUUGAGAGUUCGUUGGCGUUCGGAGGAACUGCGGUCGGGUUGAUCGCUGUCUUCGCGAAUACAAUUUUGACUCGCUACGUAUCGUUCCAAAAGCGAAUCGUAUUUGGACUAACGAUGACGAUGCUUGUGUUUAUUAUAACCGCCAUCCUUGCCGAAGUGGACACGGAUCCUUGGCAGAAGGGAUUUUUUGGCGUGACAAUGCUGAAUAUCGUCAUAAUUAGUUUCUCCAGCAAUCUGGUGAUGGGUGCUUUAUUUGGCGUACAAGGAUGCCUUCCUUCGCGGUUUGCCACUGCUAUCAUGGUGGGACAGACAUUUGCCGGUAUCAUCGCGGCCAUUGCCAUGAUCAUUUCGGUACUAGGAGGUAGCGGGAGCGCUGGAGAGGAUCGAAUUAAAACCGAAGCCUGCGGAUAUUUCGCUUCGGCAGCCGUGAUGUCGAUGAUCGCCAUUGUUGGGUUUUUUGUUUUCCUCAGGCUGGAGUUUGUUAAGUUUUUUAUGUUUCCACCCCCGGAUGAACUUGUCGUAACGGUAAAAGUCGAUAGCUCGCACUUCGUACUGAUAUAGAAACCUGUUAAAACAAAAGGAACACAUUGACAUGGCAGUUUUAUUAACGGUUUAUUUAUUGUUAGUUUCACUUUCGGUUAGUUUAACGUUUACGAUGCCGACUUAGGGCAACAAGGAAUGUCGAGCGCAUUAUUUACUUGGUCUAAGCCGGCUUUCGAAGUCAUUUUAUAGGUUUUCGUUAUGUCCGUGGAAUUUUUGUUUAGAUUUGUACUGUUCAUGACGCAAUAUUUCUGAACUCUGCUCA